CCGCCUUCCUCCCUGAGCAAGAGCUCCCCUUGUUCACCCGAUACCCAGCCUCCCUCGUAGCCACCCACAUAUUCUCUCCUCUCUCCUGCCUCGGUGCCCUCCCUCGUGUCGGUGGCUCCCUCUGUUUCCCCUCCUCCCACCCGCCGCAAAACCCUAGCCCUAGGCGGCUAACCCUGCCGAUCACCACCUCCGCCAGCGCCCUCCCGCUCUCGCGAGCUCCGGUUGGACCCCCGGCUCGGCCAAGAACCCCCCGGCCCCCGAGCGCCUCGCCGUCAUGAACAUGGAAGCGUACGAGCGCCUCACCGCCGAGACCAGGCGCCGCGGCUCGUGCUUCGAUGCGCUGAUCGGGCUCGAGGAGGUGGAGGGGAGCGACGAGGAGGAGGAGGCGGGGGCGGUGGACGACAUGCCGUGCCCGUUGUGCGGCGAGGAGUUCGACAGCGUCGAGCUGUUCUGCCACAUGGACGACGAGCACCCGGAGGAGACUAAGGCCGGGGACAAAUGGAGGAACCGGCGAAGUUCAUACAGGUCGCAUUCUUCAACGCUUGCCUUAUUGAAAAAAGAUCUACGUGAGAAGAACCUGCAGCCCCUUUAUGGUGGAUCUUCACGUGCUGCCCCAAUGAGCACAGUGCCUGAUCCUCUACUAUCCUCUUUUGUUGGUCAUUUCGUUGAAGUAGAUUUGCCAAAGGAUGCACCGCAAGAGCCCUUGGAUGAAACGAAUGUGGGAAGUGAUUCCAUGGAGCAGAAAGCAGCAGAAAGCGCUGAGGAGCCUUUGCUCCCUGAGGUUAAGGAGGAGCGUACUAGGAGGAGCCAGUUUGUGCAGGGGCUCGUCUUGUCCCUGAUGUUUGAUGACAUCUUGUGAAGAGUGGCUCGUCCAAAGAAUCAACGACUGAGAAAGCAGCUCUUGCUACCACCAGACAGAUGUGUCAUACCAAGCUCAAGCUGCUGCUGUGAAGAGUGAAGACUCUGGUUUGGCAUUGCUCUUAGGAUGAAGGAAAGAAAAAAAAAUUGUGAAUAUCAGUGCUCGUAUUAUGUAAUGUACAUCGGUGCUGCGUGAGCAAUAACAGCUAGUAUUUGUAUAGUUUGGUAAUUUCCUGCUACAUUAGAUGCGAUGGGGAAGCUCCUGUGGACGUGAUUUAUGUAUAUUGGGAGGCUGAGAUACCGCAAAAGUCAACCCUGUUUCUCGCA